UUGAAAAAAGUAGGCAUGCGAGUAUUGACACGACUGCUGUUCGUGAGCUUAGCUAGGCCGGCAAAUUUAGCAUUGAGGAAAUCUUGUUUUUGCUCUAAACCACCCAGUCAGCCCGCGUGGGGUUCGAAGAAAAAGAACCGUUCCGUCAAGUUGAACUUUCCUUUGUCUAUCAUGUCCGACCCUAAGAUUGAGGAGGUCCUUGCACCUUUUAGGGCGUCUGUUAAGGAGCAGGGUGACAUCGUACGUUCUCUGAAAGAGAGUGGUGCUCCUGAAUUGGACGUUAAAAAAGCCGUGGCGGAAUUAAAAUUGAGGAAAAAGAAGUUGGAAGACAAGGAAUUGGCCCUUGCACCUGCUGCAGCAACCUUUGAUCGAGCAAAGAUGGAAGAUCUUUUAAAAAGGAGGUUUUUCUACGACCAGUCCUUUGCCAUUUAUGGAGGUAUCACUGGACAGUUUGACUUUGGUCCUAUGGGUUGUGCUUUCAAGACCAAUGUCCUCAACUUGUGGAGAAAAUUCUUUGUACUUGAGGAACAGAUGUUGGAAGUUGAUUGCUCCAUCCUCACCCCAGAACCUGUUCUCAAAGCUUCUGGACACGUGGAUCGAUUUGCUGACCUCAUGGUGAAAGACUUGAAAUCUGGCGAAUGCUUCAGACUUGACCAUCUUAUUAAAGCCCAUUUGGAAAAGGUAGCUGCAGACAAGAAGACCUCUGCUGAGACGAAAGCAGAAUGUGAAGACAUAGUUGUCAAACUGGACGGUAUGACCAAAGAUGAGAUGAACGGCGUGCUUCAAAAAUUCAACAUCAAAUCACCACUCACUGGAAAUGACCUGACUGAGCCCAUUGAGUUCAACUUGAUGUUUGGCACUCAAAUCGGUCCAUCCGGUUUGAUCAAGGGAUUCUUGAGACCAGAAACCGCGCAGGGAAUCUUCGUCAAUUUCAAGCGACUUCUGGAGUUCAACCAAGGACACUUGCCAUUUGCUGCUGCCCAAAUCGGCAAUUCUUUCAGAAAUGAGAUUUCGCCUCGUUCUGGACUCAUCAGAGUUCGGGAGUUUACAAUGGCUGAGAUUGAGCACUUCUGUGACCCCAACAACAAGAGCCAUCCGAAAUUCGAGAACGUCGCAGACACUAAAAUGCUGUUCUACUCUGCUUGUUGCCAAAUGGACGGAAAACCUGCAGAGCAUCACACUAUCGGCGAUGCGGUGAAAACUGGCUUGGUGGCUAACGAGACUCUGGGCUACUUUAUGGCCAGGAUCCAUCUCUUCCUUGUCAAGGUUGGAGUGGAUAAUGCAAAGUUGCGUUUCAGACAACACAUGGGCAACGAGAUGGCUCAUUAUGCUUGCGACUGCUGGGAUGCUGAGUGCCUUACCUCCUAUGGCUGGAUUGAAUGUGUUGGCUGUGCUGAUCGCUCAGCAUAUGACCUCACUCAACAUACCAAGGCUACUGGAGUGAAACUUGUUGCUGAGAAGAAGUUGAAAGAACCCGUGGUUGUUGAUGUCAUAGAACCUAUCAUCAACCAGGGAGUUGUCGGCAAGACAUUCAAGAAGGACGCCAAAAAAAUUGUUGAGGCCUUGAACGGUCUCGAGCCAAAUGACUUGCAGCAGCUAGAGGAAACGCUUGGCUCAUCUGGCGAGUAUGAACUUAAAGUCGACGGCAACUCUUUCAAACUCACGAAGGGCAUGGUGAGCAUCAAGAAAGGGCAAAAGACAGUGCACACUGCUGAAGUUGUGCCCAACGUGAUCGAGCCAUCCUUUGGCGUUGGACGAGUCAUGUACUCCGUUUUUGAGCACAAUUUCCGCAUGCGUGAAGGAGACGAGCAGAGAACGUAUUUCUCCCUUCCACCCCCAGUUGCGCCAAUUAAAUGCUCUGUUUUGCCUCUCAGCAACAAGCCUGAGUUCAAUGUGUUUGUGAGAAAAUUAUCACAAGAACUAACAUCAUUUGAUGUUUCCAAUCGCGUUGACGAUUCUUCUGGAUCCAUUGGCCGCCGUUAUGCUCGCACUGAUGAAAUUGCAAUUCCAUUUGGCAUUACCAUCGAUUUUGACUCCUUGAAAGAGCCUCAUUCAGCCACACUAAGAGACAGAGACUCAAUGAGUCAAGUCCGAAUUCCUCUGGACGAGUUGCCAAAAGUCGUGAGUGAUUUGAGUUUUGAGAGAAUUAACUGGGCUGCAGUUGCCGACAAGUAUCCCAAAUUCGAGCAGCAAGACGCCACAAAAGAGGCUUGAAUUAUGCCAAAUAAUAAGCUUGUUUACGCCAACGGCAUUUUCUGCUAUGCACUUCCUCAAUAAAUUAUUGCUUUAAAUUACUGAUUUUAAGAGUAAAAAAACCAA